AUGCACUCGUGUGCCGGCGGCCAGCGUGCUUUGAUCUAUGAAGAGGCAUUGCAAGUCCUUCCUUUCAAGUUAGUCUCUGUGACUUAUCUGCGAUCGAGCACAUCACGGCCCAUCAUGAUACCGACAGUGGACGACCCAACAAAUGGUGCUCACCACCUGACCCUCAUAUGUCUCGAGGCUUUCGAUCCCGCAAGGACUGCAUUCGACGAGCCGAUACUCCAGCGUCUAGUUGUCCGGACCGUCUACCUCCCGUUCCUCAGUUACCUUGCCUUCGAGAUUCUUGGAGGUUGGAAAUAA